AUGGCUUCUGAAGAUAAAAACACGAAUGGCCAACAGUUCAUGGAAAACGGUAUUCGUGAAAACAAGGAGACCCAUAGAAGACUCAACAAGUAUGCCUGUGCCUCUGUGCUCGCUGCCUCUAUUGUCUCUGCUAUGUUUGGUUACGGUGAGUGCAUAGAGCGUAUGUCACAUUUGUGUGCCCUACCAGGUAGCUUGAUUGCUGGAAGAACAUCCGAUUAUGUAGGUCGUCGCUACACCAUCAUUCUAGCUUGCAUCGCCUUCUUAUUAGGUUCAAUUCUAAUGGGCUAUGGUCCAUCUUAUCCAAUCUUAAUGAUUGGAAAUUGUAUAGUUGGUGUUGGUGUGAGUUUUGCAAUGGUAGUAGCACCACUAUAUAGUACAGAGAUUUCACCUCCUUCUUCCAGAGGCUUUUUUACCUCUCUCCCAACACUUUCCGUCAACACAGGAUUCUUGCUCGGAUACAUGUCAAACUAUUUCUUUGAAAAAUUGUCACUGAAGCUUGGAUGGAGGAUGAUGGUGGCUGUUCCUGCAAUCCCUUCACUUUGCCUAAUCCUUCUGAUGCUAAAGUUGGUGGAGUCUCCAAGGUGGUUAGUCAUGCAAGGACGUGUUGGUGAGGCCAGGAAAGUGCUUUUACUGGUCUCUAGUGCGAAGGAAGAAGCUGAAGAAAGGUUGAGGGAAAUAAAAGGCGUUGUUGGAAUUGAGGAAAAUUGCACCCUAGACAUUGUGGAGGUUCCAAAGAAAACUAGUAGUGGAAAAGGAGCUCUGAAGGAGUUGUUUUUUAAAGCUUCAGCUCCUGUACGUAGGAUACUGAUUGCAGCAGUUGGACUUCAUUUGUUCCUGCGGAUUGGUGGAAGUGCGGUUAUUUUAUUAUAUAGUCCAAGGGUGUUUGAGAGAACGGGAAUCACUGACAAAAGCACACUCAUGCUUGCCACUGUUGGUAUAGGAGUGAGCAAAGUUGUAUUUGCAUUCAUAUCAAUAUUCUUGUCAGAUAAAUUUGGGAGGAGGAUUCUCUUGCUGAUUAGUGCAGUAGGUUUGUCUGUGACCAUGUUGGGGUUGGGUAUUUGCUUGACCAUAGUGGAACACUCCAAAGAAAAAGUAUUUUGGGCAUCAAGUUUAACGGUUAUUCUUACCUACAUUUUUGUGGCUUCUAUGUCUGUUGGAAUAGCACCAGUGACAUGGGUUUAUAGCUCUGAGAUAUUUCCUCUUAGGUUCAGAGCACAAGGCCUUAGUGUUUGCGUGAUUGUGAACAGAAUCACAACUGUGGUAGUGGUUACAAGUUUCAUUUCGAUUUAUAAAGCCAUAACAAUGGGUGGGAUUUUCUUUAUGUUUUCCUGUAUCAAUAUUGUGGGUCUGUUGUUCUAUUCCUAUUUGCCUGAAACUAAAGGAAGAUCAUUAGAAGAUAUGGAGACUAUUUUUGAAAGAAAUUCUAAGUAA